CUUGGGCUCAUCGACACCGAUUCCCCCCCUAUUUGCAGGAGACGAAGUUUAUUUCGCCUUCUUCAAUUCCGAUGUCAACACGUGGCAAUUCCUGGUUUAUAGAUUGCCACCCAAAUAACACUCAAAAAUAAUACAUUACGGUUCCCGGCUAUUUUCUUGCUUUGAUUCAAAUCACUUACCUUCGUGCCUUGCCUGAUCAUUAUCCUCCGAAAAUUUCUGAGCCUCAUCUUUUGGGGGGUUUCGCUAUUGAAUCAACGACAACAAAAAGAAAAAAAGAUUCGUCCUAAUCCCCCCUUUCCUUCAAACCAUUUCUUUAAAGCUACGCCAACAAAGCUUAAAUGCAAUUGCAAUUGCGAUAACAUCUUCAUCUUCAUCUUCAUCUUCGCACUGCAACUGUUAUCUCUGUUCCUGUUCGAUAACUUCCUUCCUAACAGGCAGGCGUGAGGCGUGAGGUUGUUUUUGUAAAAAGUGUGUGUGUGUGUGGUUAGGGGUUAAUGCAUGGGUUUUGUUAUUAGGUUUAUUCCAUUAGAUGUGGUGGCAGAUUUGUAAUUAAUUAAUGCAAUUAGGUUGGAGAUAGUAGGAGUGAAAGAUGGACAUACCAGCUUUAUUGACUUCGGCUGGUAUGAACAUAGGGAUUUCAGUGGGGAUGUUCUCACUAUAUUCCAUAUUGAGAAAACAACCACUUAAUGUCAACGUUUACUUUGGUCAAAGGAUUGCUACUGGUCGAACAAGAAGCGACAAUAUUUGUUUUGAAAGAUUUACACCUUCCGCAAGUUGGAUUAAAAAAGCUUGGGAUGCAUCCGAAGAAGACAUCUUUGCUUGUGGGGGUAUAGAUGCAGUCGUUUUUCUUAGAAUCGUUGUUUUUAGUAUUCGUAUUUUUGCCAUUGCUACCAUUCUUUGCACAUUUCUUGUGCUUCCAUUGAACUAUUUUGGGCAAGGAAUGGUAAGGCUUGAAGAUGCGACAGCAAUGGACUUAUUGACUAUUGGGAAUGUCAGGGAAGGUUCAAGAUGGCUGUGGGCUCAUUGCUUCACUUUGUACGUUGUAUCUGCUUGUGCUUGCACACUUCUAUACUUUGAGUUUAAAAAUGUGGCGAGAAUGAGAUUGGAUCAAGUAAAUAGGUUUCCAACAAGGCCAAGUAACUUCACUGUUCUUGUUCGUGGUGUUCCAUGGUCUCCAGUAGAAUCAUAUAAUGAAUCUGUUGGGAAAUUCUUCAGCAAUUAUUAUCAAUCAAGUUACAUUUCCCACCAAGUUGUCUAUCGAUUUGGUGCUGUUCAACAACUUAUGGAGGAUGCAGAGAUGGUAUAUAACGUGAUGACAACUGUUCCAGUUAAACAAUGCUGCGAACCAAAUGCAAAUCCUGAUCGAUGUGGGCUUUGUGGAGCAAGAUCAAACUCUUUUAAAGUGGUUGGCCAUGAGCACAAAUGCACAGGUCAAAAGGUUGACGAUGGGCUUAGAGAAAAGGAAUGUGAAGCGGCAUUGGUGUUCUUCAAGAGUCGAUAUGAUGCAUUAGUGGUGUCACACACGAUCCAAUCAGCAGACCCGAUGUUAUGGGUGACCCAAUUAGCUCCAGAACCACGUGAUGUUUUCUGGCAAAAUCUUUGCGUACCUUAUAACUUGCUAUGGAUACGUAAAAUAUCAGUGUUUAUAGCAUCAAUUGUGUUCAGCGUCUUGUUUCUUUUACCUACAACAUUCGUUCAAGGUCUGAUGAAGAUCCAACGUCUCCAGGCUGCAUUUCCAUUUCUAAGAAGAGUAAGAGACAGGAGUGUUAUUAACCUAAUUACUGGGUAUCUACCAAGUUUGGUCCUCACUGUCUUCCUCACCAUUGUUCCACCAUUGAUGAUGCUGUUUUCUACACUGGAAGGAGCUGUCUCUCGUAGCACAAGAAAACGAAGUGCAUGUGCCAAAAUUUUAAUCUUUAUGUUUUGGAAUGUUUAUUUUUCGAAUAUUCUCUCGGGUUCUUGGAUUGAGAGAAUGGGUAAGCUUACAGUUACUAGCCCUAAAGACUUGGCAACCCUACUUGCAGAAUUGAUACCUCGACAGGCGUCAUUCUUUAUGACAUAUGUGAUGACAUCAGGUUGGUCAGGUCUGUCGUUUGAACUAUUGCAGCCGGUCCCACUUGUCGGGAACUGGCUGUUUAAAUGCGUUCUGAUGAGGGACGAUGAUUUUGUACGUCCAAUCACUUUUUCAUACCACACAGAGGUUACAAGAGUCCUUCUGUUUGGACUCCUUGGCUUCACCUUCUGCAUUUUGGCACCUUUGAUACUUCCUUUCUUGCUCGUCUACUUUUUCUUUGCUUUUCUUGUAUACCGAAAUCAGAUCAUGAAUGUUUAUUAUGUGAAAUACCAAACAGAUGGAAGUUAUUGGCCUCUAGCACAUAAUGCGACGAUCUUUUCUUUGAUACUGACACAAGUAGUCGCUGGAAUAUUGUUUGGAAUGAAAAAGUCGAGCAGUGCUUCCACCUCCACCAUCCCAUUGAUCAUUGGCACCGCUCUUUUCAACGUAUUCUGCAAGAAUCGGUUUCUACCACUUUUUAGAAACCGAGCUGCACAAGUUCUUAUUGAGAUGGAUCGUGAUGAUCAACGGUCAGGAAAGCUUGAUGAGAUUGUGGAGAAGCUGCCUUCAGCAUAUAAUCAGGUUGAAUUAUGUGCUGAAAUGAUGGAGGAGAAAGAAGAGCCGCCUCCUGAGAAGCCAAAAAAGGGUAGCGAUGAGAGUUUGAAAGACUUGGAGAUUGUUAAACCGGAUAGUCCAUCUGGGGAAAGUCUUGAAGAUGUGGAGAUUGUUAAGCCAGGAAGCCCAUCUGAAUCUGGGGAGCAAUCACCUCAAGUUGAAAUCGAACCCGAUUCAAAUAUAGUAUCCAUCAAGUAGCUAGAAACGGGUGUCUAUAUAUUGGUAUAUAAGAUGGUUUGGUUUAAUUACUAGGCUUGUAUAUGUAUGUGAUGUGAUGUCAUGUGUGUGUAUAUACCUCAAUCAAUGGAGUGGUCCUCCUUUGAGGUAGUCAUGUAUGUUAGGAUUGUUAUCACUUUAUAUUAAUUAUGAUAUUCUUCA